AUGCAGCGUUCUGCUCAGGUAAGCUCGCAAGCGCCGUCACCGCUUGUACCCAAGCAGGUUGCUUUGGCCCGGCUGUACAUACGGAUGCUGACUGUACUUCUGUAGCAGGAACCGAUCGAAAUGAGUGAGUCCACCUCUUCUUCCACGACUUCGCCACGUUCUGCCGAUCUUCACUCGGCUCCGUAGUCUCUGUUGGUCCGCGAAAUGGCAUACAUCCGCGUCUGUAUGUGACAAGACAUUCGCGAUCCGCCGACUGACUCGAGCGUCUUAUCGCUAGGCUUGCGCGAGCAUCUCCUGGCCGCGAGCAGUUCGGGCUCUGCUCCAUCGCCAUAUCCGCCCUCUGCUGCUACUCACCAAGGCCACGAGCACCAGUACCCACCUCCGGAUGGCAGCCACGAGCACCAUCUAGACCCAAGCGUCACCGGCCAACAUAUCCCCUACGGUAUGAGCGGCGACAGCGCAGGAGAUGAUAGCAUGAGCCAAGAUCGCAAGGGCAAGAGGGAGCUCUCAACGAGCAAGCGCGCCGCCCAGAACCGUGCUGCUCAGCGCGCAUUCCGUCAGCGCAAGGAGGGAUACAUCAAGAAGCUGGAGGAGCAGGUGAAGGAGUUUCAGACCAUGGAGCACAACUACAAGGCUCUUCAGAAUGAGAACUAUCAACUGCGGUAUGAAUACUAGCUGGGCAGUAGGCUGCACGCGACACUAACGCGAGAUAGUGAGUACAUCCUGAAUCUGCAGGGCCGCUUGCUCGAGAAUCAGUCCGACUUCCCACCAGCACCAUCGCAUAUCAACCUCUCCUCGGGCGGCCCACCUCACGCGGCUGUCGCCGCCGAGUCAUCGUACGGAGCGGAGCAGCAAUUGCGGCGCGAAAUGGAGCACAGGACCGAUCAGCCGCAACUGCCUCCAGCUCCAGUCGUCGCACGUGAGGAUCCAGCUCGCCAUGACGGCUUGAAUCAGCUCCAAGUAGCUGCCGCUCAAGAAGGUCGACCUCAGCAGCACCAGUCUCCAUAUGGCUUGGGUGGCGAGUAUCCAGCAUCUCACCCUCAACCUCAGCCGCAGCAGCCACCAUCGCGUCCCGAGGAGCCCACUACAGCAAGUGAGACCGCUGACUCGAAGCCUACUGCAGCUUAG